UUAUCUGCGAAAUAACUGCAGAUUAUUUUAAUACUCUCUCUUACACGCACAUGCACAUCGAGAGAAAUUAAUUUAGAAAAAUAUAUAUAGCUUUUAAUCUAAAUUUCAGGUUUUUUUUUUUAGUUAUUUGUAACUUAAAUUUAACGCAAUCGUAGUAGUGAAUUUCGAAGAGUUGUAUGGAUUCAAUUGUGCAUAUAGUUGACGUUGGAAUUUUAUCAAUGCGUCGUCGAUCGAGAAGAUAAUGAAUUAAAGACGCGAUCGAAUAAUUACUUGUAGAAUUUCGCAUCUAGCACUCGGAACCAAAUUAAAUGAACUGCAAAUAUUAGAGGAUAAUUAAACAUUUAUUAUAGAUUGCAAUGCAAACAUAUACAGGCUAAUAUUUAUCUUUUCCUUGCUGGGAGGAUAUAAUCAUUGCUGAUCAACGACUGUUUUUUAAUUGUUAAAUAGCAAUUAUAUUUAAGAAAACAAAUAAACAUCAGUUUUACCAGAAUGUCUUUCGGAGUUCAAGAAACAGGACCUUAUGAGUCUUCAGAUCAGUACAUCCAGAUGCAGCAGCUACUGCCAAGAGAAAGAAAAAAUGAUGGAUACACCAUGUCAGAUAAUCUAAAUGCCAUUAUUCCAUAUGCUACUUUAAGAAUGCGCAAUGUCACUAGUUUAUCUAAUGAGGAGUGUGCUAAUGCUAUUGCCAGUCACUUGCAAUCAAGCAAUAAGUUUAUGCAGAAUGAUCCCCAGUCAGAACAAUUCAGAAUAGAGACAGUGAGGACGAUACCGCAGUGCCUCACAGUGAAAAGAUCUGUUAAAUCACAGCUGGUGGUGACUGCUGAUCAAAAGACGAUUAAAAAAUCGAUUAGCUGUUGGAAAUUGUUUCAAUAUAAUGUUAUUUUAAAGUUUGUAAAGAUUUGGAUGAUAAUGCUGAACUUUUUAUCGACAAUGAAAUUAUGGCAUCAAGCGAUCAAAGCCAUUGAGAGUCAUCAUGGAAGUGGUAUAGCAACGUAUUUCAAAUUCUUAAGAUGGUUACUCUUUCUCAACACAAUUUCCUGCAUUUUGAGUGUAACUUUUAUUGUGAUUCCACAAUCUUUAGAUCAAACACACGUGUCAGACAAUAUUAAAGUAUUGGAUUUUUUAACAGGCAGCGGCUUUUUAUCUCACACAAUCAUGUAUUAUGGUUUUUAUUCCAAUGGCACAGUAGAUGCACCAUUUGGAACCAAAUAUAGCAUUCCAUUUGCCUAUUUCCUAACUCUCCUUUGUUGCUAUGUAAUUACGUUUGUUGUACUCUCUCUCAAAGUUAUAUCCUCUUAUAAGUCUUACGUCGAGACACGUGGAAAAGUGCAUAAUUUAUACAGCAAUAAAAUAUUUUGCGGGUGGGACUUCAGCAUAUCUUCGCCAAAAACUGCUGCUUUGCAAUCUGCAUCAAUUUACAAAGAACUAGAAGAGUUAUUAGCAGAAACGAGACAACACUUACGUUUGCAUUGGUUUGCCAAGUGUAUGUCAAUUAUAAUGCGACUUGCAGUAACGUCUAUUGUUAUAUUUAUCAUUUGCGGCAUUGGUGCACUUGUCUGGAUACUGUUAAGCCAUUACGAAGUAGAAGUGCCAGCAACUAUUUCGGUUAUGAUUGUACCAAUAAUCAUUACCACCAUCAUUUACAUUUUUCCAGCAAUUAUAUCCUAUCUAGUUUCGCUAGAACGUUACGGCAGCAAACGUACGGAACUUUAUGUGGCAGUCAUCAGGAAUUACACGGUUGCUGCAACAAUAAUUGGUACUUUAUUUGUCUUCUGGGUAAUCAACAGUACAUCAUAUUGCUGGCAAACGUACUUAGGAGAAGAAAUCUAUCGUCUUAUCAUAUUGGAUUUCAUUGCUUCACUAUUCGGAGCGUGUUUGCAUUUUAUACGUUUCAUGGUAUAUAAAAGAUUUUCAACGAAAGUCGGCAGACCGGAAUUCGAUAUCGCACGCAAUACUCUAAAUCUCAUAUACAAUCAGACGCUCUUUUGGAUGGGAUUUUAUUUCAGUCCAUUAAUAUCCGUUAUGAUCGUGAUAAAACUAAUUUUCACGUUUUAUGUGAAGAGGUAUGAGCUGAAAAGGUAUUACCAGCGGCCAUCGCAGCCUUGGCGAGCGGCAAAAACGCACACGCUGUUUCUGGCACUUGCGUUUCUCAGCAUUAUUGCUGUAUUGUUCACAAUAGGAUAUGUUAUCACAAAUGUGAAAAGUGAUGAGUGCGGACCGUUCAGAAAUCAUCCUCACACUUGGGAUUUUAUCGUCGACGGGAUGUUAUCGUUGAAGAGAGAUAGUCCGUUCUGGAACGUUGUUUCGAAACUUACGAGGCCAGUAACCGGCGCUGCGAUACUGGUCGGCAUGUGUAUUGCAGUGUAUUGUCUUCGGGCAAAAGCAAACGCGAGUAAGGAGCUCAUACAAAUUUUGUCUAACAUGCUUCUUCUACAAUCUCAAGAUAAACAAUUUCUCUUAAAAAAUUUUGGUAAAUGUGCUAAUAAACGUGUUCCUGUUUCUAAUGAGAUUAAUCCUACCCAGGAUGUUGGACUUACUGAGCAAAAUCAUGAAAAUGAAAUUUUACUUUCUCGCCAACGCAACUUAUCAUCGACUAGUUUCGAAGAAACAUGAUUAGUUAAUAAUAUGCACUAGUUGACAAUUUGGCAUAACAAACUGCUAAAGCAUUAGAAAUUUUACGAUUAAUUAAAAUCUUACGUUUAAUUUUUUUACGGUUAUAAUUACUUUUAAAUUUCAUUUAAUAAUAUUAUUCUCCUACUUCAAAUUUGCCAAAAUCUGAACAUUCAAAACUGUCAUAUAUGAUAAAAUAGAAACAUAUUUUUAACUUCUUAUAUAAUACUACAUAAUAAAAUAAUUAAAAUUA